CUUUAUUGGGCGUCGCCCAAUGCUCAAGUUGGCUUUUUGGGUGCUCGCAUGGGCGUCGCCAUCGGCCGAGGCUUGGCUGCUGUUCCAAAUAGUUUCACACCGGUAGCCGCGUUUGAAGAAUUUUAGAGUAGACACGCACACUUCAUCUGUGACUGAGGACACGCUGACACAUAACUGAAAGGCUUGUGCAGAAUGCUACAUUUGAGCGCCAAGUCUCCGCUGAGCAACCAAGCUCGCGGCAUUUCGAGCAGGACCGUCGUUGCGCGUAAACCUCUUAUUGUUCGGUCGGCUCUGGAUCGGCGGCUCGUGGGCACAUGGAACAAAUGCCCCGUGCGCUCGACACCAAUGGAUGGGGUGGCUGACCUGGUCGGCCUCUCGGGUCUGGUACGCGAGGGCAUUAAGCUGCUGCGCGGCUGCGAGCUUUCGGUGGAUGGAAGCAGCUUCCGCAUGGGCGUCUUCUCUGCGAUACCCAUGGUCAAGAUUACGGAGAAUUAUCCGCUCAGCGGCACGGAGGCGUCCAACAUGCGUCGCGACCUGCGCUUCGGCUCCUGCCGCGGCUCCUUGUCUGUGACGCCUGAGGGCUUGCCGCAGCUGCGCAUGCGCUGGGAGGAGCCGUACCGCGGCGAGGGCGUGGACGUGUUCGCGCUGGUGCCGGGGGCGGGCGGCCGCGAGGAGCUGCACGUGACCAGCAGCGUCACGGUGGGCGGCCGCACCGUCAGCUACACGUCCGUGCACACGCGGCGUUGAGGGCGUCUGGGGGCUGGGGGUGUGAGGAGGGAGGAGGGAGGAGGGAGGAGGGAGGAGGGAGGAGGGAGGAGGGAGGAGGGAGGAGGGAGGAGGGAGGAGGGAGGAGGGAGGAGGGAGGAGCCGGACGGCAGGGGGGAGGAGCAGGGUUGCAGAGGGGAGGAGGGUGGAGAGUGGAGAAGGGUCGGUGCGCGCGCAAGCGAGUGUGGCGCAGCGCAUUCGAACACACGCACGCGUGCGGUGUCGUCGACAGCUUGGUGCUGGUGGGUCAUGGUUGAGGUGGCACACGAAAGGCAGUUAGCUCCAUCCCGGACAUAUGGUGCGGUAUUGCGAUCACACUCGAUCACGCAAAGGCGCGCGACCAGGGGUUGUAUCUUGUGUUCACGGCGAUGUCUAGCUCAGGCUGGAGGUGGUUACGACGUGUGACGGCGUGAAGAAUGAAGCAUGAAGGUAAUGCUGAUUAUUGUGGCUGUCGCAGUAGCGGGAACAAUACACCAGAGAAACGGUGUAAAGCAUACGGAUUUGAGCACGCAUGUGGAAGCAGCAGUAGCCUUGAUUCAUGCAUGUGUUUAGGAUGCUCCAAUGUCAUUGCGAGGGCCCACCUUGCCGCCCAUACCUUGAAACACUAUUGUGAUUAGCAGGAGAGAGGGGAUAACUGGAUGCACAAUGACGACAGCAAGUGUAACAGUCUACGCGACACCCCUGCCUCGUCUGUCUCAGCCGUCCAGGCCACCAGGCACCCGCCGGA